AUGAGGCCUCUGCAGUCUCCUCUCCAAGCACGGCAGCUUUCCGAGUAUGUCUGCAAUAACUGCACCCGCCAAUUGCGGCGACAACGACGCCGUUAUGCUACCACAACCUUGACUACGUCCUCCAACCCUGACAUCUACGACGUAGUCUGCGUCGGCGGCGGGCCAGCAGGAUUGAGUCUUCUAGCAGCUCUCCGCUCCAACCCAGCAACAUCCCGCCUCAAGAUUGCCCUCGUGGAAUCCCAAUCCCUCACCCCAAUACGCUCGUUCUCCCUCCCUCCCACACAAUUCUCCAAUAGAUGUAGCUCCCUAACGCCAUCUUCUGUGCGUUUUCUGCAGAGCAUCGGGGCAUGGAAGUUCGUCAAGCGGGAGAGGGUACAAGCUUAUCGCGAGAUGAGGGUUUGGGAUGGUGUCAGCGGGGCGAGUAUUGAUUUCGACACUGCUGCUCUAGGACCUGGUGGGAAGGACGGUGUAAUUGCUUAUAUGAACGAAAAUCUCAACCUUACCUCGGCGCUGCUGCAACGGAUUGAUGAGCUGGGUGGUGUGGACGUGCUGGAUGGGCAGAAAGUGGCUGAUAUCAGAUUGGGAGAGGAGGGUGAGGAUGUCGAUUUAAGCAGUUGGCCGGUGGUGAAGGUCAGCGGGGGAAGAGAGAUUACUGCCCGUCUACUGGUUGGCGCGGAUGGUGCGAAUAGUCCUGUUAGGGCUUUUGCGGGUAUUCAGAGUAGGGGCUGGGACUAUGAGAGGCAUGGUGUUGUUGCUACGUUGAAGAUGGAGGGGCCUGGGUGGGGUGGGGAGGACCAUAAGAUUGCAUAUCAGAGGUUCUUGCCCACGGGGCCAAUUGCUAUGCUUCCUCUCCCGGGGAGCUAUAGUACGUUGGUGUGGUCGACGACUCCAGAGUUGGCAGCCAAAUUGAAGAGUCUCAAUGAGCAAGAUUUUGUGAGCAUGGUUAACGCAGGGCUCAGAUUAUCGCCGACGGAUCUAAAGUACCUGCAUUCGAUGCCGGAAGGACAGACGGAUGAGGCUACUUGGAGAGAACAACAUACUCCUUUCGAGACGAACAAAAUCCCCCAGCGAGUCGUCGGUGUACAGGAAGGAACUAUAGCUUCGUUUCCGCUUAAGUUCAGACACGCAGAUACAUAUAUUGGGGAACGAAUCGCCCUCGUCGGUGACGCAGCACACACCGUGCAUCCUCUCGCUGGACAGGGUCUCAACCAGGGCCAAGGGGAUGUUGAGAGUUUAGCAAAGACGAUCGAAUACAGCGUUACCCACGGACAAGAUAUUGGCGUGCAGCUGUCACUGGAGGCCUAUAACGCCGAGAGAUAUGCGCAGAAUAAUCUGCUGAUGGGCGUGAUGGAUAAGUUACAUAAGCUGUAUGCGGUUGAAAGUGGCCCGGUUGUGGCUCUGAGGAGCUUAGGUCUCAGAGCUGUGGAUGGAUUGGGGCCGCUGAAGGGGUUUUUUAUGAAGCAGGCUGCUGGGACAGGGGUCAAGGUCUUCUGA